UCUUCCUCGUGGGAUUUUCUUUGAACGCUUGAGUGUGUUUACAAACGCAGUGAUGUGUUGAAUUCUCUAGAAAAUGUUUGUUUUCAUCUUUCCUGGUAAAAAUGGAUUUAACAGUCGUUGAAUUUAAUUAAUCAAAAGAGAGCCGUUAAAAUAUUAGCUGAGCUCAUAACUACUGAGAGGAAUAUUUGACAUCUGCUACCAGUUUCAACAAAAAUCAGACGUCAUCUGAAGCAUGGAUCGACUGGCGUCUUUUGGAAAUGAUCCUUUCGAUAAGCCUCCCUGUCGUGGCUGUUCAUCUUAUCUUGUGGAGCCCUACAUAAAGUGUGCUGAAUGUGGACCUUCACAUUUCCUCCUGUGUCUGCAGUGUUUUACCAGAGGAUAUGAAUAUAAAAAGCAUCAGAGUGACCACAAGUAUGAAAUCAUGACAUCAGAUUUUCCAGUAUUAGAGUCUGGCUGGACUGCUCAAGAAGAGAUGGCGCUUUUAGAAGCUGUCAUGGAUUGUGGUUUUGGCAACUGGCAGGACGUGGCCUAUCAGAUGCGUACCAAGACUAAAGAGGAAUGCGAAGGCCACUACAUGAAGAACUUCAUCAACAAUCCUCUCUUCUCCUCCACUUUGCUCAAUCUCAGACAGAUGGAAGAGCAUCGAACAGCAGACACAGCCAUUCCCUUUAAGCCAACGGAUGAUCCUCCAAGACCAACAUUUGACUCUCAGCUAUCCAGAGAUAUGGCUGGAUAUAUGCCAGCUCGAGCAGACUUCAUGGAGGAGUUUGAUAAUUAUGCCGAAUGGGAUUUGAAAGACAUAGAUUUUGUGGAUGAUGACUCUGAUAUUCUACAUUCUCUUAAAGUUGCAGUAGUGGAUAUUUAUCACUCCAGACUGAAGGAGAGGCAAAGAAGGAAAAAGAUCAUUCGGGACCACGGACUGCUCAACCUACGCAAGUUUCAGAUGCUGGAAAGGCGAUAUCCAAAGGAAGUCCAGGACCUUUAUGAUGUCAUGCGACGCUUUGCCAGGGUGGUGGGACCCAUAGAGCACGACAAGUUUAUAGAGAGUCAUGCCUUGGAGUUUGAGCUGAGGAGAGAGAUCCAGAGACUGCAGGAAUACAGGAGAGAGGGAAUUCAGUCCUUCUGCGGUGCAAAGGUAUACGAGCGAGUGAAACGCAUACGGGAGGAUGAGCGCCGAAAGAGAAACAUGCUGUGUGACGUCCUGCAGUACAUUCAUGAUUCCCGUGCAUGCCAGCAGUGGCUGCACAAACAAGCUGCUAUCGACGCUGGAAUCACCCCUAUGGUGACCACCAUCACUACCUCAGGCAGACGAAGUGCACCUCCCCUUAACUUGACAGGGCUGCCUGGCACGGAAAAGCUUAACGAGAGAGAGAAAGAGUUAUGUCAGGUGGUUCGUCUGGUGCCUGGAGCGUAUCUGGAGUACAAACAGGCCCUGCUGAACGAAUGCCGACGACAGGGGGGUCUACGACUGGCACAGGCCCGAUCGCUUAUCAAGAUAGAUGUCAACAAAACACGCAAAAUCUAUGAUUUCCUUAUCAAAGAGGGCUACAUCAAUAAAGCUUAACUUCAGUCGAACUGCUACAAGGACAUGUGAAGGUAGAAAUGUAAAAGAGCAACGGUGGAUGAAUAGAUUACAAGUGUAAUAGUUAUGUGUCAUUCUGUUCUGAGUAAUUCAUACGUAUGUAGAGUUGCACCUGUCUGUUAUUAAACUUGACCGUGUACAAAGACUAAAUCAUUUUGUGUUGAGGAUAAUUGUGAUUUGUGAACGUAAAACAUUAAAACCGUGACAUCAUUAUGUCAUCAAAUUUUUAACCCCCUUUUUAGGACACUGUUAGAGGUUUUGAUGUGCCUCUUAAAUUUGGUCAUUUUUCAGUUGCUUUAAAGGUGGGUGCAUGAUCUCUGAAAGCCAGUGUUGACAUUUGAAAUCACUUAAACAAACACGCCCCUACCCCAAUAGAAUCUGGACCUUCUUUUGAUAGACCCGCCCCACACAUAUGCAACCCAGGCAACGAUGUCGGUUAGUAGACACGCCGCUUAUUGCUGAUUGCCUACAAGUGUGUUUUGCUACUCGGCUUGACUCCCUUUUUAUAAAAAGUCGUGCACCCCGCCUUUAAACAUAUUAGUGGCUAAUAUCACACAUCACUGUAUUCAGCACAAACUGUGCUACAGUUAUAUUUGCGUAACAUGUAUGUACUCUAGAAUUGUUGGAUGAAUAUCGCAAAGCCUUUUUGUGAACAUAUCCCAUUUAUGUUUCACGUCCCCCUUUCCCAAAAGCAAUCACUAUUGCAAAACAAGAAAUAUAUGCCAUAAAUGUAUUUAUCAUAGUAUUAAUUGGAUGUAUUAUUGAUGACUUUAAUAAAAAAAUUGCACUAAUGAGAA